ACUUUCCCUACUAUCUCUAUCUCAAUUCAAAUUCCAAUUGGUCCCAAAAAAAACACACAUCAAAACCAAACAUGGGUUGUUGCUUCCGUGGUUCAAAAACUAUGCCACCAAUGGAGAAAAAAAACUCCAUGAUUCCUAUGGCUUCUUCUGUGGAAUUCUCAACAAAACCAAAAACUCUAAGACAAGAAAUUCUUAUACAAAUUCCAGGAUGUAAAGUUUAUCUUAUGGACGAAGGAGAAGCACAUGAACUUACUCAAGGAACAUUCAUGAUCAUUAAAAUAGUCGACGAAAAUGUUUCUUUAGCAACAAUCAUCAAAAUAGGAAACAAUGUUCAAUUUCCUUUAACAAAAGAUGAACCAGUUGUGAAAGUUGAUUCUCUUCAUUAUCUUUUUUCAUUGGCUGUGAAAGAUGGUGAACCACUUAGCUAUGGUGUUACUUUUCCACAACAAUUUUAUGGUAGCAUGGCUUUGGUUGAUUCGUUUCUUAAGGAACACUCUUGCUUUUCUGAUUUGAAAUUGACUAAGAAGAAGAGUGAUCUUGAUUGGGAAGAGUUUGCUCCAUCUGUUGAAAAUUAUAAUCAUUUUCUUGCUAAAGCUAUUGCUGGUGGAACUGGUCAGAUUGUUAAGGGUAUCUUCAUGUGUAGUAAUGCUUACACCAACCAGGUUCAAAAAGGAGGACAAACCAUCCUAAAUAGUGCUACAGAUAACAAAAAUGGUGGCAUGGUCAGAGAAAGUAUGAGCAACAAAACUUCUGGUGCCACAAAGAACAACCGAAUGAAUGAAAACCUUAUACGUGUGAGAAAGCUGACAAAUAUGACAGAAAAGUUAUCAAAAUCAUUACUUAAUGGUGUUGGAAUAGUGAGUGGAUCAUUGAUGACUCCUGUCCUUAAAUCUCAACCAGGACAGGCAUUCCUUAAGAUGCUCCCAGGAGAGGUUUUGUUGGCUUCCCUUGAUGCAGUCAAUAAGGUUUUUGAAGCUGCAGAAGCUGCUGAAAAGCAAACUCUUUCUGCCACCUCUCAAGCUGCAACCAGAAUGGUGUCUAACAGGUAUGGGGAAGAAGCAGGGGAAGCUACAGAGCAUGUAUUUGCUACUGCAGGACAUGCUGCUAAUACUGCUUGGAAUGUUUCUAAGAUAAGAAAGGCCAUCAAUCCAGCUUCUUCAGCAGCAGCACUGAGAAACUCUGCUAAAAAUCAAGCAAGUAUUAGAUAUUAAUAUGAAAUCAUGUUGGUUUGUACUUAACAUAUUUAAAGGCAUGGAUUUUUUGCCUUUAGAAUUAUGUAAGUAUUGUUGUGUUGGUGUGCCAUAAGAUGAUUUAAGAAUUGACAAAACUUGAUGAAAAAGAUGGUUCCAAUUUCCAAAUCUAAAA